AAGUGCCUCCCAAUUCGAGAGCAACGGAGCUCCCGUUAAUUGAAAAAUUUAGAAAAAGAGGGCAACAAAAACUAGAGAGAGAGAGAUUUGCCAUCAGAGAACGAGUCUCUGAAAAAUCUAGAGAGAGAGAGCAACAAAAACUAGAGAGAGAGAGAUUUGCCAUCAGAGAAUGAGUGGGAGCGGUAAAAAAUUGGUGGAUGCUGCUGCAAAGGCUUCAAAAACCAUAGAUUGGGAUGGCAUGGCCAAGCUUCUGGUCACUGACGAAGCCAAGAAGGAAUUCGUCAACCUUCGCCGUGCAUUUGAUGAGGUUAAUACAGCUCUCCAGACCAAGUUCAGUCUAGAGCCUGAACCAAUAGAUUGGGAAAAAUAUAGGAAAGGGAUCGGUUCUCACUUAGUGGACAUGUACAAAGAAGCUUAUGAAAAGAGGUUAGAGGAGGAAAUUUGGUUGAUCAGGGGUUUGAUAUUCAUACAAAACAUUGUGGAUCAAAGAUCGGGCAACAAAGGUGUUGAGAUCCCCAAAUUUGUAGACACGGUGACUCCACAAUAUAAACCUAAAUUUGAUGCAUUGUUGGUGGAAUUGAAAGAAGCAGAAGAGCAAUCUGUCAAGGAGUCCAAGAGGUUGGAAAAGGAAAUUGCAGAGGUCCAAGAGUUAAAGAAAAAGAUCAGCACCAUGACUGCAAAUGAGUACUUUGAGAAGCACCCAGAACUCAAGAAGCAGUUUGAUGACGAGAUCCGCAAUGAUUACUGGGGUUAUUGAGCAUUCGGCAGGCCUCACUGAAGGGUUGACAGCCACUCAAGUAAUUUUGUGUGCUUUUCUCUGUUGUCUCUUGCAUUGACUAUUUAAUCCCUUUUUUCAAAGAACAAAAGGAAAAGAUCCAAUUUCUGCUGAAUAAGAAUUUAUUCCCUUUAGUGUUGUUGUGGAUGCGUGUCAUCUCUCCUUUGUGGGCAUGAAACCAUAAUAGUUGGGUUUUGAGAAGAGUCAGGAAUAAUCGAAGGAUAUUUCAGUUGAACA